AUGGACAAUUUAACCGCGAAGCCGCUGUCCCCCUUUGCACAGAACAGUUCCACCAGCUCUUACUCACUGUACGGAUACGCUCUUACCAUUGUCUUUGUGCCUAUUUGCUGUAUCGGCGUGGCUAGUAGUAUCACGAUCAUCCUGAUUUCCUCCCAUGUCUCUACGCAGCAUCGUCCCAGCAACGCGAUGCUGAUUAACCUAGCCGUGGUGACAUUGUUUGUCUGCGGCAUUGUCUUGCCGCUGCUGAUCUACAUGAGUUUUCUGGACAGGGUUAGCAAUCCCGAUUGUAUAUUGUGUCAAAGCGUGGCGUUCCUCUCGUACGCGUCAUGGUGCGUGUCGGCCUACGCACACGCCGUGUUGUCGGUGGAUCGGGCCUUCUCCGUGGGUCAUCUGGGCCGGAGCAAGACCUAUCAGCAGAAUAUCUGGCUGAACAUCACCCUCAUCUGGCUCACAUGGUGGAUAUCGUUUUCUUUGUUCGUCUUCCCGUUAUUCCGCAUCGGUGGGCAGUAUGGCUAUUCGUUUCUCAUGCGCCGCUGCAGUCUCGUUCAGGUGACCUCGCUAGCGUACCAGAUGAGCUUCCUGGUGUUUGCCGUUAUUGUCCCGUUCGCGGUGGUGUGCGGAUGUUAUGGCUACGUGGUGUGGCGCAUUAAAAGGUCACAGCAGAAAAUUAGCGGGCAGAGAAUGGUGCGGCUGAGCACCACCACCUCGACGGAGCCGUUUGGAAAGGACAUGGUGCGGUACGCGCGACAGAAGGCACAGAAAAUGCGAUCGGAGUUACGCAUAACGAAGGCUACGGCUACCACAUCCGCUGUCUUCUUUGUCUGUUUUCUUCCUGGAUCGUCCUUUGGUUUUGGAGCACCGCUUCUUCAGAGCCUCCCUCGCGGUAUUUUUCCAGGAGCCUUGCUUGCCAUGGCUUUUGCAGGUUGUGGGCUGUGCCCUUUGGUGUAUGUAAGCGCAAAUCCCGAUACUAGAAGAGAUGUUGCUCGACUCGUUGGCAAAAUUUUUUACGGUCGUCAUGUUUCAAGCGUCGCCACUGUCAGCGAAGCGGAUAAGCACCUGAAUGUCAAUCUACCGAUACAAUCUUACAGUUAUGACCUUUCUCAGGCCAGUUCCAGAAUGUCCGGAAAUUGUUUCCAGGAACUGGCGGUUCCACGCUCACAAGUUCGAGCACAGACGAUAUGAUUUGCUUUGAUCCAUUUCCGUCCCGACAUGACAUAGUCUUUUGCAGCAGUAUAUCUGUGAGCUACGAGUACCUAAAGUUCUACAAUAACUGUAUUGCGGUGACUCUCAGAUCGCUACAUCGCAGCCUCGCAGAACGGUCCAAAAGCCAUAAAAAUGGCAAGCGGUCUGAAUCAGACCCAUUCUUCCCUGCAAACCAUCUUCUGUGACGAUCCUGCAGCACGGUCCAAAUCGCCUUUUUCAACCGGUAGGUAUUUGUGUCCUGCAGCUCCCUGCUCCCUUUCAAAAAAGACACAGGGAAGGGCAGGUGUCCUGCAGCUCCCUGCUCCCUUUCAAAAAAGUCACAGAGAAUGGCAGGCCAGUUACCCUUUGCUCUACACGCGCUUUUAGCGGUUAUUGUACAUCAGAUCUGGUGGUGCUGAUGUGCUAAACGCCUGCUAUGUACUUUGCAUAUUCGCAAGCUUCUUUCAAAACGCAGCCUUUUCGGAUCAGCCGGCGGAG